AAUGUUCGCUCGUUUGCACGACGAUCGAUUUCAUCGUGAUGAAGUUCCUGCGGACAGGGACUCGGAUUUGGGCGUACUUCAGUCAGUUGGCGCUAAUACAAGCGCAUAGCGGACGUGUUACGGCGAGAAAAAAUGGAGUGGUCGAAAGAACGAAUUCUAAUCUUUAUAAAACACUACAAAAGUGAACCAAUAUUAUGGAAAUCAAUGGCCAAGGGCCAAAAGGGAAUAGAACUUGUUCAUAACGCUUGGGUGAGGAUCCACAAUAGUCUGGGCUGGGAUUGUAAAAUUGACGAUAUGAAGAAGAAACGUGAUUCGCUCAUGGCGGGCUACCGAUCAAUUAUAAAUAGGAAAAGGAAGGCUAUUAGAAAUGGAGAGGAGCCUGAACAAAUAACUUGGUUUGCAUUUGACGCCCUACAUAGCUUUUUGGGGCCGGUGUACGAAACACAGACAGACAAUAAUGAGACUAGCGAAGACGACAGCGAAGAUCAGGGGAGGAAUAUAGCUGAACAAAAAAAAGAAUGGUCUGUUCAAAAUACAGGACGUUCUCUUACUGAAACGAAUGCUAAUCCACCUCGACAAGCGGCUCCCGGCGCUAAACGAGUGAAAAAAGCCUCUUGUACUAUUGGAGCCUCUGGUGACGACGAUUGCGACAUUUUUGGAAAACUUGUUGUCAAAAAGAUACGAAAAAUACAUAAUUUUACAAUGAAAGAAACGGUGAUGAAUGAUAUUCAUCACAUUCUAUGGAAUGCGCGCAUGCGGGAUGCGCAGGUAUCACAUGAUCACUGUUAAAGAAGAUAGUUGCGAGUAUGUUCCGCCAAAUUCACGAUUACCCUGAGCGAGUAGUGCCCAACAGCUAUCAAUACUGCGUUUAUAAACUUAAUAUUGUGGAAGUAUGAACAUAACUAAAUAGGGUAUUUGACUGAAUCUAAUAACUAAAGUCUGUAUAUUCCGUCACCAGUGGCGUAGCGAUGGGGGGGGGGGGGGGCGGAGGGGCGGACCGCCCCGGGCGCCACUAUCAGAAGGGUGGCCAAAUUGAGAUUUUUCGUCAGUCAAACAAAUAAAUUUUCGAAAAAAGCAAAAUUUAGCUGUCUCUUGGCCAAUAGUUAAUAUGAUAUGAAUUUUUAAUGUAAAAUUUCGUUGUGCCGCGCGCGCCCUCAUAAAUAAAUAGCUGUAACUUCGUGAAAAAUUUAUCGUUAUUUUUUCCAUUUAUAGAUUUUAAUAUUUACUAUAAGUAACAAAAAAGACAGAAAAGCUAAAAAAAAAAUUUACUUCUUUAUUGUGAAACCCAAAAUUUAGUAUUUUGGCCUUAAAAAGUGGUUUUUUUUUAAACUGCCAAUUAUUUUAUGACGUCAUAUAGGGCGGCACAUUUUGACUCCGCCCCGGGCGACGACCCACGCUACGCCACUGCGUCACACCGUUUGCAAAAAAAUAUUGAAUACGUAUUUUUCACCCUUCUAUUCGGUAGUGGGGGCUUAAAACAAACACUUUUAAGUGUCGUCACACAACGUUUUAAAUCACUGUAUCCCGUUGAUUUUUUGUUUACGAUAUAAAAUAAAAGAUACGUAUCCAAUAUCUUUCGAAAAUUUUUAUGACGGACUAAUUAGUUUUUUUUUUUGUCAAAUACCUUAUUAUGGUAUAUUAACAUGACUGUAGGUAUAAAUGUGUAUUACCAGCCUAUAUUCGUCUUACUGCUGGGCACAGGCCUCCUCCCGUAUAUAAGGAAGGUUUAAACAUUGAUCUCGCUAGCUCACGAGUUGGCGAUUUCUUCCAAUAUUUAGAAUCUAACGACAUUGCUUAUAUUUAAUCUGUAUGUGACUUAAGUAGCAUUUAGAUAUAGGUGUAAACUAUUAUGUUUGUUAAACUUUGAUUUUUUCACAAAAUGAAAAUAUUUUGAGUUUCGCUGUACGCUGUGUUUAUCUUAAGUACGUUAUUCAGCCGUAUUUUAGUGAAAAUAUUAAGUGUGUUUUAAAUCUUAAUACUAGGUACCUAAGUGACAAUACAAAAGCGGAAAUCCAAAAAUUUGAAUUCAUCAUUUUAAAGAUCUUUAAUAGGAUUUCCGUUUUUCUACUGUCACUUAAAAUACCUAAUGCAAAGGUUAUUUAACUUUACUUGUAUUAUUCUUACACAUAAUAAAAUAUUUAUAAAUGUAUCGGUAAUGUGUGAGUGUAUCAUGUUUUAAAAUUCA